AUAACAGUAGUUUCUCUCUUCACAAAAAACACGCCAGUCUCUGUCUGAACACGGUUCAACAGCAUGUAGCGGAAACUUAAACAGAACCGCCUCGGCACGCUAUGUCUCAAUACUUUUUUCUUUUACAAAUCAACGUGAGGAUCUGCCUUGAAGAAACUCUGCCUUGAAGUCUGGAUAACAGAAGACACAGAUGAAAAAGACAACACUUUACUGACUGUGGGAAUGAACUCCUCCAACUCAUCGACAGACUGUGAAUGGGUUUGCUGGUUCCAGAGGUGUGUGUACGUGCCCAUCCUGGUCUUUGGCAUCCCUUUGAUCCUGGGCUCUCUGUGGCAGCUGCUGUUUCGCGUUCGACGCUGGAGCGAGUCCACCGUUUACCUCAUCAACCUGAUCAUCAACGACAGCCUGCUGAUGCUGUCCUUGCCCUUCAAAAUACACGCAUACAAGAAGGUAUGGACACUCGGCCGAACCUUCUGCUCCCUGCUGGAGAGCCUGCUCUACGUCAACAUCUACGGCAGCAUAUUAUUGAGCGUGUGCAUUGCUGUCGAUCGCUAUAUCGCUCUACAGUUUCCAUUCAUUGCCUUGCGAUUGCGCUCUCCACGCAAGUCGGUGAUCAUAUGCCUAAUUCUGUGGAUAUUAGUAUUUGCAUGCAGCACUCCCAUCUACAAACUUCACGAUGAACCUGUCAAUAAAACCGACAAAGUUUACUGUUUCCAGCAGUUCUCCAAUAAAACCUGGUCAAAGAGUUGGAUCGUGGUUUCAAUGGAGACGGUGUUUUGCAGCAGCACGAUAGUGAUGGUGUUCUGCUCGGUGCGAGUUGUGCAGAUUUUACACAGUAUGAGAGCACGAAACCCUGGAGAUCCCAAACUGCGCAGUAACAAGAGCUUGAAAAUCGUGCUCAGCAACCUGGGGGUCUUUCUGGCAUGCUUCAUUCCUUAUCACAUAGCGGCUCUCAUAUACUUCCAUGCCAAGACGAACAACUGGAACGAAGACAUCAUCAGUCACCUGCGUUACUUUGUUCAUGUCAGCAUAUGCUUUAGCAAUGUGAACAUCUUGGCAGAUGGAGCGUGCUACUAUUUCAUCCUUAAAGAGAACCUGGAGUCUGCGCAGAAAGAGAGGAGAAUGGCGAUACACGUCAGAGAGACACGCAUACGGGGUGGAUCAAGGAGUCUUACAUUUGGAGAAAACCAUAACGGCUCUUCUGUAAGCAGUGAAAAGAUGGAGAUAUGUGUGGAUACUGGUUUUACUUAAUGAUCUACACAAACACUCAGGGAAAAGAUGGAGAUAUGUGUAGAUACUGGUUUUACUUAAGGAUCUACACAAACACUCAGGGAAAAGAUGGAGAUAGGUGUGGAUACUGGUUUUAAAUUAGCUUCUACAUAAACACUUGGGGAAAGGAUGGAAGAUACAGCAGGGGGAAUAAGUAUUGAACACGUCAUGUUUUUUCCUGGGAAUAAUAUUACUAAAGGAGCUGUAGACAUGGAAUUGAACCAGAUUUUGGUAAAAAAAAAAAAAAAAAAAUACAAACAUAAAAAUAAAACAAAACAAAGAAUGUGAAAAA